UCCCUCCUGCCCUCGCCGCGCGGUUGGAUCAGUCUUCUGGCAUUUCCUGCAGCCUAGCCGGGCCGCCCGCGGAGCCCCCGCGCGCCCGGCCCCGGCGCACCCGGCCCGUCGUACGAAGCCCCCCAGCGCCCAGGCCAUGAAGGAGGAGGCCUUUCUCCGGCGCCGCCUCUCACUGUGUCCGCCUUCCUCUACCCCUCAGAAAAUCGAGCCCUGGAAACUCACUCGGAACCUGCUCUUCGGAGGAGACAAUGAGCCCUGCCCGGUCAGCCCAGGGAAGGAUAUGGAGCCCACCAGCCCGGCGCUGCCGAGGGAUGAAGGGCCGCCGACCCCAGGCUCUGCCACGAAGGUGCCACCGGCAGAGUACAGGCUGUGCAAUGGGUCCGACAAGGAAUGUGUGUCCCCCACAGCCAAGGUCACCAAGAAGGAAACUCUCAAGGCACAGAAGCAGAACUACCGGCAGGCGAAGAAGCGCGCCACGAAGCAGCUGUUCAGCGCCCUGACAGACCCCAGCGCGGUCAUCAUGGCCGACAGCCUGAAGAUCCGGGGGACUCUGAAGAGCUGGACCAAACUGUGGUGUGUGCUGAAGCCAGGGGUGCUGCUCAUCUACAAGACCCCCGCGGUGGGCCAGUGGGUGGGCACCGUCCUGCUGCACUGCUGUGAGCUCAUCGAGCGGCCCUCCAAGAAGGACGGCUUCUGCUUCAAGCUCUUCCACCCUCUGGACCAGUCCGUGUGGGCCGUGAAGGGCCCCAAAGGCGAGAGCGUGGGCUCCAUCACGCAGCCCCUCCCCAGCAGCUACCUGAUUUUCAGGGCCGCAUCCGAGUCAGACGGCCGCUGCUGGCUGGAUGCCCUGGAGCUGGCACUCUGCUGCUCCAGCCUCCUGCGACUCAGUGCGUGCAAGCAGGACCGUGCCGGGGAGCCCGGGUCCUCACCCGAUGCAUCGCCCCCGUCGCUCUGCGGGCUGCCCAUCAUGGCCACCAACCCCGACCAGGACCUGUGCCCACUGAAUGGGUGCUCCCUGGAGAACGACGCUUUCUCUGACAAGUCGGAGAGAGAGAACGCCGACGAGUCUGAUAGUGAGGCCCAGGACCUCGGCCAGAAGACCGCGGAGAGUGGGGGUGACCCGCCGGAGCCCCUGGGGCAGCCGGGGCACAGAGGGACCACAUACGUGCAGCAGUGCCUGGAGGAGCUGGGGGAGCUGGGCCAGGCAUCCCAGGUGGAGACGGUGUCCGAGGAGAACAAGAGCCUGAUGUGGGUGCUGCUGAAGCAGCUGCGGCCCGGCAUGGACCUGUCCCGCGUGGUGCUGCCCACCUUCGUCCUGGAGCCCCGCUCCUUCCUCGACAAGCUCUCCGACUACUAUUACCACGCCGACCUGCUCUCCAGGGCAGUGCUGGAGGACGACGCCUACAGCCGCAUGAAGCUCGUGCUGCGGUGGUACCUGUCCGGCUUCUAUAAGAAGCCCAAGGGGAUCAAGAAGCCGUACAACCCCAUCUUGGGGGAGACCUUCCGCUGCUGCUGGGCCCACCCUCAGACCAACAGCCGCACCUUCUACAUUGCAGAGCAGGUGUCCCACCACCCGCCUGUGUCUGCCUUCCACGUCAGCAACCGGAAGGACGGCUUCUGCAUCAGUGGCAGCGUCACUGCCAAGUCCCGGUUUUACGGGAACUCACUGUCAGCUCUGCUGGACGGCAAGGCCACACUCACAUUCCUGAACUGGGCAGAGGAUUACACCCUCACCAUGCCCUAUGCCCACUGCAAAGGAAUCCUCUAUGGCACCAUGACCAUGGAGCUGGGUGGCAGAGUGACCGUCGAGUGUGAGAAGAACAACUUACAGGCUGAGCUGGAAUUCAAGCUCAAGCCUUUCUUUGGGGGCACCAUGAACAUCAACCAGGUCUCGGGGAAGAUUGCAUCAGGAGAGGAGGUCCUGGCACGUCUCACUGGACACUGGGACAGGGAGGUGUUUAUCAAGGAGGAGGGCAGAGGAAGCACCGAGCUCUUCUGGAACCCGAGUGGGGAGGUCCGCGGGCAGAGGCUGAAGCGGCACACGGUGCUGUUCAAGGAGCAGACAGAGCUGGAGUCAGAGAGGCUCUGGCAGCAUGUCACCAGGGCCAUCGCCGAGGGGGACCAGCACAAGGCCACGCAGGAGAAGUUCUCACUGGAGGAUGCACAGAGGCAGCAGACCCGGGAGCGCCAGCAGAGCCUCACCCCCUGGAAGCCACGGCUGUUCCACCUGGACCCUGCCACCCAGGAGUGGCACUACCGAUAUGAGAACCGCAGCCCCUGGGAUCCCCUGAAGGACAUCGUCCAGUUUGAGAAAGAUGGGGUCCUGCACACCCUGCAGCGAGAGACCAUGGCCCCCCAGACCUCCUUCCUGGGCAGCCCAGAGCCCAGACACCAGGGGCCUGGCCCAGAUCGGCGGCUCCGCAAGGCCAGCGACCAGCCCUCCGGCCACAGCCAGACCACCGAGAGCAGUGGCUCCACGCCCGAGUCCUGUCCAGAGCUCUCAGAUGAGGAGGAGGACAGGGAUGGGGACUUCAUUCCUGGCAUUGAGAGCCCUUGCCCUCGGUGUGGGAAGGAGGUGCAGUGGCUGCAGGCUGUGCACGAGGCGGUCCUGUCCAUCCGGGAGGCCCAGCAGGAGCUCCACAGGCACCUCUCGGCCAUGCGGAGCUCCGCGGCGCGAGCCAGGCGGGCACCUGCCCCAGGCCUCCUGCAGAGCCCCCGGUCCUGGUUCCUGCUCUGCGUGUUCCUGGCAUCUCAGCUGCUCAUUAACUAUAUCCUCAAAUAGGAGCCCUUUGCAGGCAGCGUGGGCAUCGCUUGCAGAAAGUGGCCAGCUGCAGCCCUCUCUCCCAGGCACCCAGCACUUUAAGCCAGCCCCAGGGAGGCAGGGAGACCCAGCGAGCAUGACCACUGUGGACAGGGGGACCCACAGAGGCAGAACGGCAGGAGGGCCCCGGGAGCUGCACAGGCUCCUCUUGGGGAGGCGCUGGCCUUUCCUGCAGCCCUUGCCCAGUGCCAGCCUUAACGCUAAAGCCAAAUGCAGCUCUUAUCCUGGUCAUCUUGCCCAACCCCCAGUACAACUUCCACUUGCCCCAAGGGGCUGACGGAGGCAGGGGUGGAGGCCCUGUGUGGCUUUGAAGGGUCACUCCCCAGCAGGCCCGCUUGGCCUGAUGCACCGAACUUCCCUUCCUGAGUCCCUGCCCACGUGGCAGGGGCUGCCCUGGAGGGGCCUUGGGUGGACUCCGGGGAGACCUUGUGAGUUUUAUUCUGCCCUUGUGCUAUUUAGACAGGAGCCCAGUCCACACACCUGUGGGGCCCGCCAAGGAGGAGCAGGCCCACGUGAACGCGGGUACAUGGGAGGGCAAUGGUGCUGGGGGCAGGGGCUCAGCUUGCCCCAGCACCCCGGGCCAGGGUCCCAAGUUGCCACUUGUGCACGGUCUUCCCGUUUUACACUUUUUUAAUAAAUGUAACUGCAAUAUUUUAGGCAGGCUGUGAGUAGC